CUCCCGUCAGUUGUGAUGUGAAGAGCGGUCCGUCUGCAAGCGACUCUUUUGAGAUUGUUUGAUGGAUUUACAAAGGAUUAACCCAAUUCAUUCUGCAGUAUGAUGUUCCUCAUAAGCUAUUCAACUCUCCACUGGCAGGAGGGCGCUUGGAUCAGCGGCUGAGGUGGCUUAGUAACGUCAGAAGCGGCUGCUGGAAUGUUCCAUCAGAGCAGCAACAGUGGGAAUAAGCGCUUGACAAGUGGUCUCUCCCAGCCCAACAUCCCUGUGUCCCUGUCCCCUGGGUCCAACAAAAGGCUAGAAAUGGGCCGCAGCUCUAAGACGAACCCUCUCAACGCUAUGGGCCUUGACCACACCACCACCGCCCCUGGAGGGGACCCCGACUACAUCAUGCAACUGGUCAAUGAUGUGCGCAAGUUUUCUGACGUGCUGCUGAGCCUAAAGGAGGCUUUUCACUCCAAAGAAAACCAAGAGUGCUCACAGCACGUGGUCAACGAGCGACUUGGGGAGCUGGCACGUGUGUUGAAGACCGUCAUUGGCAAGCACCAGGCACUGAACUCGUCAGAAAUUCUUGGUGCUACAGGCACUGUCAUCGCCAAAGUCAAAGGCGUGAACGUCAAGGAAGUCAAUAAAGAAAACAAAGACACAAUAUUUGGCGAGAUACACACAUCAAUCGAUACUUUGGCAUUCACCUUUGGCAAUGUAGUGUCUGACUUCCUUAUGGAAGAUGUGGACAGUGGCUCCAGCUUGGGGUACCCCCAAGCCAGAAGAAGUCGUUCUUUUGAAAACCUCUCUGAAGAUUCAGGAGUCUGCCAUCAAAAUGAUCUGGCAGAUCCUGCUCUGUCCCCAGAGCUGUCCACCGUGGGGCAGGUGGACCUCCUUCUGCUGAAGAAUGACAGUGGAGUAGAGUCGGCUUUGCUCUACGCCAAGGCCUGGUCCAAAUACACCAAAGACAUGUUGGCCUGGGUGGAGAAACGCCUCAGUCUGGACAUGGAAUGUGCCAAAAGCUUUGCCAAGAUGGCAGAAUCCGCAAAGGCAGUGGCAAGUCAGCAGGACUUCAUGCCUUUCCGGGAUAUUUAUGUCUCUGCCUUUAAAAAUGAGAUUGAGUACAAUCAGGCUCUGCUCCAAACAGCUGCAGCUCUACAAACCAACAAAUUUAUACAGCCACUGCUGGCCCGCAAGAAUGAUCUGGACAAGCAGAGGAAAGAGAUAAAGGAACAAUGGCAAAGAGAGUUAAAGAAAAUGAGCGAGGCCGAGAGCGCUUUGAAGAAGGCUCGACUGCUGAAGGUGCAGAAGAGGGAGGAGUACGAGAAGGCACGCAGCUCCACCAGCCGCACCGAGGAGGAGCAGCCAACAGCAGGAGGCAGGACUCUGGAGAAGAAACGGAGGGUGGAGGAAGAGGCCCUACAGAAGGCAGAGGAAGCGCAGGAGCACUAUAAAGCCUGUGUGGCCGAUCUAGAGGCGAAGAAGGUCAGCCUGUCAAACACUAAGAGUGAGAUCCUCGCUCAGAUUCGGAAGCUGGUCUUCCAAUGUGACCUGACCCUCAAAUCGGUGACAGUGAACUGGUUCCAGAUGCAGCAGGCUCAGACCCAACCUCUGUCAGUCAACUACCAAGCUCUAAGUGAACAGGCCAAAAAGUAUGAGCCAGGCCAGCGCUACUCUGAGUUUGUGUGCAGCCUGCCUAAAGAGCGUGUGUGGCUGGAGUCUCUGUCUCAGGACAUCACAGCUUCCUCAAAAACGGGAAUGUCCCUUCAUAAGAGGUCUCAGAGCAGCACCCGCUCAUCCCAUGGGAACCUGUCACAGGGCUCUGUUACUUCAGCAGAUAACCACAGCGCAGAUGACGUUGAGGGUACCAUACAACCCUGCAAGGCCAAGAUCGCUGAGAGACGAUCCAAUAGCAGUAUAGACAUGCAAGUGUUAAGGACGCAGGGCUCCCAGCGGGCCUUGAGCUCAGGCAGUGCCGGUGGAGGGGGGAUGUGCAGUGACUCAGAAAGUGCUGGAGGAAGCAGUGAGUCUCGCUCAAUGGACUCCCCCACAGCUAGUCCAGGGGAUUUCAAACGCAGGCUUCCCAGAACCCCCUCAACUGGUACCAUGUCUUCUGCAGAUGACCUGGAUGAGAGGGAACCACCUUCCCCAUCAGAUAAUGGCCUUGCUGAGAUGGUGAUGGAAGCGGCCAGUUCUCCCGGCCCUUUCCGUAAUGCUCAGAUGUCAAAAGCAGCACAAACUCACAAGUUGCGGAAACUGCGAGCGCCUUCCAAAUGCAGAGAGUGUGACGGUCUGGUGGUGUUUCACGGGGCUGAAUGUGAGGAGUGCUCUUUGGCCUGUCAUAAGAAAUGCCUGGAGACUCUUGCCAUUCAGUGUGGUCAUAAGAAGCUCCAGGGCAGACUGCACCUGUUCGGGAUUGACUUCGCCCAAGUAGCUAAGAACAGUCCUGACGGCAUCCCCUUCAUCAUCAAAAAAUGCACCUCAGAAAUCGAGAGUCGUGCCCUGAACAUUAAGGGCAUUUAUCGGGUGAAUGGGGCGAAGUCUCGUGUGGAAAAGCUGUGCCAGGCCUUUGAGAACGGAAAGGACUUAGUGGAGCUUUCUGACCUCCACCCACAUGACAUAAGCAACGUGCUCAAGCUUUACCUGAGACAGUUGCCAGAGCCAUUGAUUCUAUAUCGGUAUUAUAAUGAUAUCAUCGGGCUGGCAAAAGAGACUCAGCACAUGGGCGAGACUGACUCGACUAAAGAGAAAUCACCAGGAGAGCAGCUGUGCCUCAGUAUUGACCUUAAAAGAGUCCUCUUCAAAAUCAGAGACCUCCUUCGCCAGCUUCCUGCGGCCCACUACAAAACCCUGCAGUUCCUCAUCACCCAUCUGCACAGAGUGUCAGAGCAGGCUGAGGAGAACAAGAUGACCACUAGUAACCUGGGUAUCAUCUUCGGUCCGACACUCAUCAAGCCCAGGCAGUUGGAGGCAGAAGUGUCGCUGUCCUCUCUGGUUGACUACCCCCACCAGGCCCGCAUGGUGGACCUGCUCAUUAGGCACCACCAGAUGAUCUUUGAUGUCCCCCUCAGCCCUGUGUCUCCCACCAGUCCGACAGCACCACAGUCAGCACUCAGCCGUCACUCCAGAUCUCUCCUGGAUAUCAAAGAGAGUGCAAAAGCCUACAAGAGACACUCGUCUGUGAUUACCUCUGCACAGCUGAUGGAAGAAGUGAAGGAGAUGAAGACAGGGGAUGAUAAAGUGCAAACACCUGCAGGUGAGGGCUCAGAUGUCAAUGGGGUUGGCUCAGCUCCUGUGGACAUGCAGAAAUCCACAUCUGUGUUCAGCCAGCCGAGUGCCAGCAGCCUAGGGGUGCAACUACGUCCUCAGCGCUCCAAGCCAGUGUCUCGACCCAUCAGCAUGCCUGUGGAGAGACUGCUCAACGAGCGCAACAGUCGCAACACAGAGGAGCGUGAACACUCGCCGGCCGCCAUUCAGGAGACCACCGAACCGGAGAAGCCUUCAACACCACGCCUCACCAGCUACUACAGGAACCCAUUCAUCGACACUCAGACGCUGAGGAGGACCUGGGACAGACAGUACAGGCAUUAUGAUGUAACGCCCAGAACUGCAAUGAUAGUGGCCAACCUGCCAUCCUCUGGUGUGCCAAAACCGGCAGAGAUUAGCGUUGUACCCCAAAGCAGCGGCAAUAGAAAAGAUGCUCCAAGCCAGUCCGGAGGGGCUCCAAUAUCCUUCCGAGCGCCACGGACACUAAAACCCCCUCCUGGAACGUUCUAUAGGCCUCCAUCAGUAAGCCAAAUCAAGACAUUUGACUCGCUGGCAAAAACCGUUUCGACAGCAACAACCACUACCACAGGAGCUGUAUACACAACAGCCAUUACCAUAUUUACAACAGCGGCCACAUCAACAGUUACGGCAGUCUCCACAGCAGUCACGACUCCCCCAACCACACCAACAACAUCAGUGACUAUCGCUCUAACGGCCAAGCAGACUUUUACAGGAGGAGCAGAGGAAGGGCCGUCAGAGAGCGACUCAAUCAGCCCCGUCACUCUCUCUCCGCCUCAGUCUCCAAGCUCCAGUGCAGAGGAGCUCAGCCCUACCGACUCCAAACCCCUCUAUCAGAGGCGCAAUCGCCAUAUGCAGGAGCUAGAGCAAAGAGAGGCCCAUUUUGUUUAAAAAAAAUAUAUAAAAAUUCCCUCCUGAAUGGAUCUGUUGUGAAUUUUAUCACGCUUGGUAUAGUAUCCUAUAUGUGACACUCAGAAAGUGACUGAUUCCUCCACAUUCCUCCACAGUCUAGUAGAUCCGUCUACGGCUUUAUAUGUAUGUAUUUGUAUGUAAGCUGUCUUUUUUUGUGCCAUACUGUAUAUAUGAAAGUAGUUUUAAUAUCCCUUUGAGAAAGGGCAAACAUAUUAGGAGAGAGGUGAAACAUCUCCAUGAAAUUUUCUGGAUAGCUGUUUGUUAAUGUCUCUUUAAACUACUGUUUGAGC